AUGGGAUGUGUAUGUGAAAAAUCGAAACGAGUGCAACCUGAACCAAUAUAAAUUGAAGUGCAUCCAUGUGAAACAGCAUAACCUUAAUCUCAACCUAUCAAAUAAACCUCCCUAAAGAAACUUAAAAUCCCAUAAGUAAGUUUAUUCUUUUCAUUAUUUGAGAGAAAAAAGAAAGUAAGAGAAACUUAAAAACUUGUCAAAACAACUAAUGAAGAUGUAAACUAAUUAUUAAUUUACAGGGAGUUAAAAUGAUUAAUGACUACAUUUUUGAUGAAUUUCUUGGAGAAGGAGCAUUUGGUAAAGUCAAAUUGGCAUUCAAAAGAUCUAGUGGUCAAAAAUAUGCUAUUAAAAUUAUGAGAAAAAGUAAAUUAAGACGAUAGAGAGAAUAUAUUAAGGAUUCUAAGGGAAGUAGGACUGACUAUAUUAUUAGAUAUGGUGAUUAAGGAUGCACUAUAAGAUGUUAAAAGAGAAAUUGCUAUAAUGAAGAAACUAAGACAUAAGAACUUAAUACAAUUAUUUGAAGUCAUUGAUAAUCCAAAUAAUGAUAAAUUAUUUAUGGGUAUAUAAUAUAUCUCUAAACUAAAAGUUUUAGAAUAUGCUGAAGGUGGAUAAGUUAUUGAAUGGGAUGAUGAUGAAUGUAAAUUUUAUUAGGUCAAUGACUCUCUUAUACUUGAUGAACCAUUACUUAAUUAGAUUUUUCGUGAUUGUAUUAAAGGUCUCAAUUAUUGUAAUAAAUCAUAAAUAUAUUCAAGUACAUAAAAAUGGUGUUGUUCAUAGAGACUUAAAACCAUAGAAUGUACUCUUAACUGAUAAUAAAACAGCUAAAAUAGCUGAUUUUGGAGUCUCUACUAUGGUUGGAAGUAAAAAUGAUGUUUUGGACAAUACUUAAGGAACUUACUAUUUCAUGCCUCCAGAAGCAUGUGAUAAGGAUAAAGUUAAAGAUGGUUAUUCUGGUAGAGCUGCUGAUAUUUGGGCUUUGGGUAUUACUUUUUUUGCUUUUGUCUAUUUGGAUGUUCCAUUUACAGGAUCAUCCAUUCCUGAUAUACUUCAUAAUAUUGUCAAUAAUCCGUAUUAAUAUCAGUUAAUAUAGAAUUACAUUUCCUGAAAGAAACGAUAUCAGUGAUGGAUUAAAAGAAUUUCUCUAAUUUAUUUUAUAAAAAGACCCUAACCAAAGACCAAAAAUACCUGAGAUUGCAUAGCACCAAUGGUUGAAUGCUUAAAAUAUGAAUUUAUGGGAUGAAAUGUAAUAAUUAAUAAUAUAAUUAGAAACAAAGAAGAAUAAACAGACAUGGAAAUAGCUUAAGCAGAUAUAGAUAAUGCUUAUUCAUUGAGUUCAAUUAUGAUGAUAAAAAAUUGGGCUUACAAAUGGAGAACUAGCUCAAAUCUUAAAAAGAUAUCAAAUAACUAACAAAUAUAACAAAUUAAUUCAGAAUAAGUAAUUAAAUGA